AUGCCUCCCAAGAAGGCAUCGAAGGGAAAGCGGAAGUCAAAGCAAUUACCGAAAUACCCGGAGUCCACAGGGAAGAACCCAUGUGGAAAUACUGCUAGCGCUCAGAUUGGACUGGCCAUGGAGCGUCCGGUAGCACCAUCCAGACUGGCUAUGCAGCCACCAGCCGCGCCCCCCCCACAACCAAGGCCGGUGCCAUAUGUACGAUCCCUGCAGCAGGGGCUACCAUAUAUGUACGAUACGACGGUUGGUCCAUCGAUGGCAUCAUAUGCACGGUCCCCACAGCAGCGCCCCCCGCAGAUGAACCUUCCUAGCUGGGACAUGAGGGGCGGCCCACCGAUGACGGCCCAUCCUCAGUUCGUGCAGCAGUGGCUCCCACAGAUGUCAGACCUCCCUAGCCGGGACAUGAUGGCAGGCCCAUCGACCAUAACACCUACGCAAUUCCUGCCACGGAUGGCCCCGCAGAUACCUCCCUCUAACCAGCAAUCGAUAGCUGGCCCAUCAACCGUACCACCUACUCGAUUUCAGCAGCAGAUACCCACACAGUCCACUACCCGUGUGCAGACUCCCAUGCUCAAUGUGGAAGGAGUCCACCAGGCUGUCGAGAGCUACAGGUCAGGCCUGAGGAUGCGGCCAGGCCACAGUGACGCAUUGGUACGUGUCCCUUCAGUACGUGCAGUGAGUCGAGCAGCACCAUAUGAAGCCUAUCGCCUCGUCAUGGCAUAUGCGAAGCCAAGACCAGGUGAACUGAUACGGGGCGAGGAAUUUUCAACUGGCGUGAUUCGGGUUGUACCUGGAUCCUCGAGAGCCAUUCGCAAGCCCGUCCACCUGCGCCUCCCUCCUGUAGAACCCGCAGGCACGGGUCACAUAGCCCAACCAGGCUUGGGUUACCCUGCCAUUAGUGGUCAACCUCUUGCAUCCAACAGUACCCAACCACCUCCACCGUCAUCAGUCACCACCUCGCGCAUUGUCGACAGCGCUCGCAAUGUAUUCAAGAGGGAUUUUCUCAACAACUUGAUGGUGGCAAGCAACGAUUUAAAGGACAUGGCGCAGCGCGCAUUCAAUAAGGGAGUGGAGACGCAUUCAUCAUCAUCGACAAUGGACUCCGUCAACGCAUGGGUAGUUGAAAGCCAAAAGACCGAGCUGAAGAAGCUCAAAACCAUUCCGAACACCAUCCGAAGUAUCUUCAAAGAUGUAGGUCGAUCCGCAGUUGAUCUUGCGCUCCCUAUCAGUGAGCGGGGCAAAGAGUUGGUGCACCAGAAGAUUUACAUUGAUAGCCUCUGCAUUGGCUUCGCUUACCUCGACGAUCCAGACACUAAUGCAGCGUUUGGAAACCCUGCCCUCUUCCGCAUAAUCAGCCGCGUAUUGCACGAGAAGAGGUUGUCCCGCUGGAUUGACCCAAACAAGCGGGAUCUCAACAAUAUCAUUGCAUUCUCUGGCACAAUCUUAGUUUGGGCACUGCAGGAGCAUGCUAACGGCUUGAACGGCAAAUCAGAAUUUGUCGUCGAGGACAAUAGGGCAACAUUCGAUUCAAUCGUCCAACGUUUGGACAGCCUGUCGCCGUCGCAGAGGGCAGCUGUAGAUAAGCUCGUUGAUGAUAUUUUUGCCGAGAUGCAGUAA